GUGAGCUGUGCAGUUGUGCGACAUCGGCGACGACCGGAUCCAAACAUGACCGACCUGGUGAUAAUUUAUUCACAGGCAUAUACAAUUUGGUCAAUACAAAACUCGUCUACCUCAAAAAAAUCUACUGGACUCAACUCAUGUAAUCUGAAAAAAAAACCGAGGAACACGAUAAUUAUUCCGUGUUUGCGAAACAAUUCGUUUGAAACAAUGAAACCAAUAUGGUAUACAAGACAAAACUUAAGAGUACCUCUAAUUAUGCUUUUAGAAAUUCCUAGAGCAUUUUUUAACAACGUACUGCUUAUAGCCUUUAUUUGCUUAUUUGCAAAAAUGUGUAGCCUUUAUUUGCUACUAGGCUAUGUCCAACGAUGCGCCCGUAUAGCCUGUUUAGCUGUCAUAUGAUAUUAUUGAUAUAAUUCAGACUACAAUAUUUUUUCUGCUUCUACCAAAAAUUGGACAAUUUUUCUGUAAUUUGUUGUUUUUUAAUAAAUUGAUAAGAUUUGCAGUAUAAAAAAAAAACUGAGUAUUAGGUGUAAAGAAAAUUAAAAAUAUAAAUUUUCAUCUCGUUUCACAAUUAUUUUUUCAGCGGGUCUCGCAAAUCCUAAGAACUAUUCUGCCUUCUGCGUCUCUAACUAUCUGUUAAUAACAUCACAUUCACGAGGUGGAAUAAUUGUUAUUUGACUUUUUAUGUACAGUGUUGAUGCGGGUACGCGACAUUUUAAUCGUAGUUAAGGUGUAUAUCAUUAUAAUUUAUAUUUACACGAAUCGGUUUCGAUCAUCUGCUGUAGACGGCAAUAAUAAUAAUAAUUAUUAUUAUUAUUGUUGUUGUGCAUUACGAUCGUAGA